CUGUCCUCCGUCGAACACUCGGGAUGAAGCUAUCUCUGCUCCUCGGUCUCGUUGGUGCUUCUCUUGUCAAUGCCGAUGUUCCUGCCUUCAGAGGCUCUCCCUUCAAGCUCAAGGAGAGCAUCUCGGCUCCUUCGACGGGAUGGGUCAAAGGGUCAGCAGCGCAGCUGGACACCGUGCUCACCUUUCAGAUCGGACUCUCCCGCCCGCGCUUCGGAGAGCUCGAGCAGAACCUGAUGGAGAUCAGCGACCCGUCCCACGCGCGAUAUGGCGUGCAUCUGUCCAAGGACGACGUGCUCGAGCUCAUGGCGCCGCAAUCGGACACGCAGGAGGUUGUUGCGGAGUGGCUUGCGCUCUACGGGCUUAACGAGACGAGCGUCAGUUACUCGUCUGCGAAAGAUGCGAUGACGCUCAGCGCGCCUGUACGCGUCGCCGAGUCCAUGUUCAACACGAGUUUUUACGUUUACAGCCACGCGGAUUCCGGUGACAGUCUCGUCCGCACGACGCAGUACAGUCUCCCCGAGGUUCUCGAUGACCACAUCGCCCUCGUCCAACCGCUCGUCAUGCUCGCUUCUUUGGGCCAAGUCGCUAAACCGACGCCAUCCUCGGCCGGCGGGCCUACUCCGUUGACUCCCACGCAGGAUGUCAAUAGCACUGCUGUCGACCCCUCGUGCAACUACCAGAUCACGCCCGACUGCCUUCGCCAGCUGUACAACAUCGGGAACUACACGCCUUCCGCCAACGGAGGCAGCGCGAUCGCGGUCUCGGAGUUCGAGAACGAGUGGGCGAAUUUCACGGACUACGAUACGUUCUUGGCGGAGAACGUGCCCUCCGCCGCUGCUGGAUCCAACUUCUCGAUCGUAUCUGUCACUGGUGGUGUAAACAACCAGUCGGAGCCCGGCGGCGAGGCCAGUCUCGACGUGCAGUACGCGUUCGGCCUGACACGGCCCCUUCCCGCGACGUUCUAUACCGUCGGCGGGUCUCCGUAUUCUAGCAACUGGACAUUUUCGACGGGACUCUUGGACCUCGCCGACUUUUUGUUGAACCAGACGGAUCUUCCUCCAGUCAUCUCGACGAGUUACGGGGAAGAUGAAACUACCGUUACGUCCGCACAAGCUAACAGGAUAUGUCAAGGAUUUGCUGCUCUAGGCGCGCGCGGAAUGUCAGUUCUCUUUUCCUCAGGGGAUUACGGAGUCGGAUAUCCGUCAGGAAGCCCUGUGGCGUUCACAGUGCACUUCCCCGCUAGCUGCCCAUACGUCACGUCCGUUGGAAUGACAACUGGUAUUCAUGAAGUCGCCGGGAAUAUCGACAAUGAGGUAUCCAGUGGCGGCGGGUUUAGCACUAUCUUCCCUCGACCAUCAUACCAAGACGAGCAGGUCAGCGAUUAUCUGACCUAUCUUGGAGACCAGUACUCUGGGCUGUAUAACUCGAGCGGACGCGGGUAUCCAGAUGUGUCCGCCCAAGGCAUCAACUUUCUGGUCGAGAUAUACGGCUACAAGUCGAACGAAACAGGGACCUCGGCAUCCGUGCCUACAUUUGCUGGGGUCAUUGCACUCCUCAACGACGCACGGUCGAAUGCCGGAAAGUCGACGCUCGGGUUCCUGAACCCGUGGUUGUACUCGUCUGGGUACAGUGCGCUGAACGAUAUCACGGAAGGGACUAACCCUGGUGCUGGGACAAACGGUUUCAAUGCCACGAAGGGAUGGGACCCCCUCACCGGCCUUGGGACGCCUGAUUUUGCGAAGCUUCAAGCGCUUGUACUGGCAUGAACCACACUAUGACACCGCGCUCUACUAGUGGUUCCAAUAGUAUCGUUUAUCGUGGUAAUAUACGUACAGUAUUGCAGGAUGGCCAACUAUUGGGUGACCAGCUCGGACUACACCUUCAUCCAAAUUAACUUACAAUUUCGGUGUGAACAUUGCGUCGAGAAAUCAAAAAGGAGAUGGAACAGCGC